CCUCUCCAGCCAAUCGCGUCUGAACUACGGAACGGCCCCUAACAAAGAUGGCGGGGGAGGCCUCAGUGAGGGCAGGCUGAUUUAAUACCCGAACCCGCGGCGGACAGCGAAGACAGAGGUAGCGGCGCAGCCCCGACCAUGGAGGAGGGCAACAGCGCUGGCAGCGGUGGCAGCGACAGUAGCACCAGCGGGAGUGGCGGGGCGCAGCAAAGGGAGCUGGAGCGCAUGGCUGAGGUCCUGGUCACCGGAGAGCAGCUACGGCUCAGGCUGCAUGAAGAAAAGGUUAUUAAAGAUAGGCGACAUCAUCUCAAAACCUACCCAAACUGUUUUGUUGCGAAAGAACUGAUUGACUGGCUGAUUGAACACAAAGAGGCUUCUGACAGAGAGACGGCAAUUAAACUCAUGCAGAAAUUAGCAGACCGGGGCAUUAUUCAUCACGUGUGUGAUGAGCAUAAGGAAUUCAAGGAUGUCAAACUCUUCUAUCGCUUUAGAAAGGAUGAUGGCACCUUCCCAUUGGACAACGAAGUGAAGGCCUUCAUGAGAGGACAGAGGCUGUAUGAGAAGCUGAUGAGCCCUGAAACCACACUCCUGCAGCCCAGGGAAGAGGAAGGGGUCAAGUAUGAGCGCACCUUCAUGGCAUCUGAAUUCCUGGAUUGGCUGGUUCAGGAGGGUGAGGCCACCACAAGGAAAGAGGCAGAACAGCUUUGCCACCGGCUUAUGGAGCACAGCAUCAUACAGCACGUGUCCAACAGGCACCCGUUUGUGGACAGCAAUCUUCUCUACCAGUUCAGAAUGAACUUCCGGCGGAGGCGAAGACUAAUGGAGCUGCUCAAUGAAAAAUCCCCCUCCUCCCAGGAAACUCAUGACAGCCCCUUCUGCCUGAGGAAGCAGAGCCAUGACAAUCGGAAAUCUACCAGUUUUAUGUCAGUCAGCCCCAGCAAGGAGGUCAGGAUCGUAUCUGCCGUGCGGAAGAGCAGCGUGAGUGGCUGCGGCGGCAGCGGCUACUUCAGCGGCAGCCCCCCGCCCAGCGGCAGCCCCCCCGUGCUCUGCAACCCCAAGUCUGUGUUAAAAAGACCCGUCACUUCUGAGGAACUCCUGACUCCCGGGGCUCCGUAUGCGAGGAAGACAUUCACGAUUGUUGGUGACGCAGUAGGCUGGGGCUUUGUGGUGCGAGGCAGUAAGCCAUGCCACAUCCAGGCCGUGGAUCCCAGUGGCCCAGCAGCCGCUGCAGGAAUGAAGGUCUGUCAGUUCGUCGUCUCUGUAAAUGGGCUUAACGUACUGCACGUUGACUACCGGACGGUGAGCAACCUGAUUCUGACGGGCCCACGGACGAUUGUGAUGGAGGUCAUGGAGGAGUUAGAGUGCUGAGAGGGCAGCCCUCCCAGCCCAUCCCGUGGCCCGCGGAGGAUCAAAGGCAGAACAACACAAAGCUCUGCAAUGACAAGACUUCUGUGUACCUGGAUGGCUUUGGACAUACAGAUCUUUUCUCCGUACAUACACAUCUUAAUUUGAGUUUCACACACUGUUUCCCCGUUGAAUGUG